CUACAUUCGCAAACAUAUUGCGUACAUCAAGUAGUAUUAAUAUUAAAUUUAUCGACAACAUAAUAUUUGGAGGUAAAACAACGCUUAAUGCGACAGGUUUACAUAUCUAGGCCGCAAACCCGCUAAUUAAAAUUUAUAUCUUCCAUGUCGUAUAAACGGACAAUUUACUGCCAAACUACAUUCUAAUUGAAGACCCUCAAAAUUGCGACUUUCGCAACGUGUACCAGUUUUUUUAAACCAUACCUAACACAGACUGAAGCGUUAACAGGUGACAAUGACGGCUGUGACAGAUGACGUCGUCUCGACAACAAUGGCCGCCUGCUGACUAGCGCAUCGGAACAAUACAACUUUCGAUUCGACACGAGCGAACGAGAAUACAAGCCGUAGUAUCGAGCUCGCUGUUGAUUCAGUGUCAUACUGUCGGCCCCUGCGCCCGCGCGUCCACCGCGGCACACCACGUGGUGUAAACAAACAAACGAACUGUCAGUGUUUGUGUGUGUAGUGUUGUGAAUCAAUAUUCGGAGGUCCGAGGAUUUGAGCCGGCCAGAGCUGUGCGUGUUUGCGUUUGAACUUCGAGGAAAUUCAGCAGGAUUGCCCCUAUCCAAACCAACAACCAAACAAACCGAACCCAGUGAAAGUGAUUUUAAGAAAUUAAGUACAAAACCAGUAUUAAUGGACAAUUGUGAUAAAUAAUAUUAAGUGUAAGUGACUCUUCAAACUGAUAGUAAGAAUAUAGCAGUGAAAAUGUGUCGAAGUGAACGAACAAAUUAACAUGAGGGUGAUGAGGUGACAAACGGACGCAGCCAUCUAGGCUUGUGGCGUAGAAAAAGCUCAACCAUUCCACUGUUAAAAAUCCUGAAGGGCCCAACGGAUUCGAGCAAGGACCCUUGCAAGAUGACCAAGGGCCCUCGGAAAGUCAAACUAGUCAUUGUAGUCAACAAUAAGAAAGACCCGCCCACGUUCAAGACGCUGACGCCCACGUCGCGCACGCAGCUGAAGCAGCAGCUGAUGCGCGAACAUGCGCACGAGCAGCUGCGCCGGGAGAGCCUACAGGUCCAGCAAGCGGGUCAGUCGAAGGAUGCGGAGCGCAAGCGGCCCGACGCGCCGCGGCUCGUGCCGCACGGCGACCUGCCGCCGCAGGUCUUGCAGGUGCGGACAGUGCUGGAGAACCCCACCCGGUAUCACGUGAUCCAGAAGCAGAAGAGCCAGGUGCGCCAGUACCUCAGCGGAGACUUCCAACCACAGGCGUCAGCGUCGGCCCGCUCAGCCGCGGCGGCGUCGCCCGACCGCGCCAGCGGCGGCGUGCUCAGCCCGCUCGCCUCCGUCGCCAACAGCAACUCCGAGGCUGACGACCUCUUCGAAGACAUCCUCUCGCUGGACAGCGGCGGCGGGCGCCUGUCCUCGUCCGGCCCGCCCUCCGCCGCCAGCUCCGUGGCUGGAGACUCCGUGGCGAAUGACGAGAAGGACCGGCUGAAGAAGGACAGUCAUAAUAUGAGUGACUCGUGGCUGAUCACGGACGCGGACAUGCACGCGCUGGCCAAGGACCGCCAGAAGAAGGCCAACCACAACAUCAUCGAACGUCGACGCCGUUUCAACAUCAACGACCGAAUCAAGGAGCUCGGCACCCUACUCCCGAAGAGCAACGACCCGUUCUACGAGGUCAUCCGAGACGUGCGACCGAACAAGGGCACCAUACUGAAGAGCAGUGUGGACUACAUCAAGUGUCUGAGGGAUGAAGUGAAUAGGCUGAAGCAGAGCGAGCAGCGACGGAAGCAGAUCGAGACGCAUAAUCGGAAGCUGCUAUUGAGGAUACAGGAGCUAGAGCGCCUGGCGCGCCUCCAUGGCCUGCCGCUGGAGGGGGGCGGGUCCCCGCGCGGGGGGGGCGACGACUCCGGUGUGGACACGGGCAGCCCGCCGCCGCCGCCGCCGCCUGAGCUGAUCCUCCCGAAGUCGGAGCCGCCGUCGCUGAUGGAGCUGGGCGAGGGCCCGCCCGACCUGCUGCGGGACAUGCCUCCCGAGGGACUGGACGCACCCGCGCUGGAAGGUAGCGACGACGCCGGCUGCUAUCCCGACGGCGGUGACGACAUGCCCAGUCUCGACUAUCUGUCUGAUCCGGAUGUGCUUGAAGGCCUGAAGCUGGGCGCAUGCUCCCCCCUCCCCCGCGACGGGCUGUCGCUCGGCUGUCUCGAGACGGACAUGUGUCUGCCGGAGCCCCAGUUCUUGCAUGACCAUAAGGAUGUUAAGUUGCGCGUGGGGUCGACCCGGGCCCUUCUGCCGGCGGAGAGCGGCGGCGACACGGUGCUGAGCCUGUCGCAGAUCGAGGACCUCAUGGACGACGACCAGCACAACCCCGUCACUCAGGGUGACCCGAUGCUCUGUUCGUCGCCGACGCGGCAGCUGUGUCUGAGCGAGAUGGUGGCCGCGGCCGCCGACGACAAGUUUCUACACGACCCCGAGCUACUGGGCAGAAACAAUGGCUCAUCCUCCCUACUAGACGCCCCUCACCUACUCCUCGGCGAGUCCUGCCUGCCGUCGCUGCUGCUCGGGGGGCCGCACCACCACGCCCCGCACCCGCACCACCACCCGCAGACGCACUGCUUCGACAUGGACCUCGGCGGGUAGGGAUUGUUCCGGCGUUUGCCCGGCUGCGGGGUUGAAACUGCCGCGGAGGUUGGAAGUGCUUUUUUGAUUAUGCUGGUUUUUUUUUUAUUUGGA